UCUCCUCUGUUCCCUUCGUUCGCUGCUAUUCACAUCUCUAUGCAUUCUUUUUCAAUUUCAUUUAUUUGUUCUCAGCACUUCUUCUCUCCGUCGCCGGAAUAUCCUUUCUCCGAUGAGAAAAUCCACCAGAAUCUCCGCCAUCGGCCUCUCAAAUCCUCCAGAAGGACCAGAACCGACGAAGCCUUUCAGCACUCGAUUUUCCCUGCGGUCGUACGCGAGGCGCGUGCAGCUGCUCACACCGCAGCAGAGAUCCGCGGUUUCGCGAACGGGCUUCGGGAACCUUCUCCUCGUUCCGAACCACACGCUGCUGAACAAGGUGUUCCUCACGGAGCUCAUGGACGCGUGGAGCCGCGAGCGGCGCCCGUUUGUGCUACGCUCCGGCGAAGAAAUUCGGAUGACUCUGCUCGACGCCGCUCUUAUACUUGGCCUGCCGGUUGCCGGUAGCCCCGUGAGUUUCACCGAAGAGGAACCGUUCUCUGAUUUAGAAGAGUCGUACGGAGCAACGAAAGCAAAAAGGAAGGUGGCGAUGAGUUUUCUGGAAAAUAGGUUGGAUUGGAUUGGGGAAGAUGUGAGUGAGGAUUUUGUGAGGUGCUUCUUGCUCUACACGAUAGGGACGUUUCUCGCUUCGAACGAUGGGAAGGUGGAUUCGCGUUUCUUGCGGUUUUUUGAGGAUUUGGAUGAGGUCUCGGGUUUUGCUUGGGGAGCUGCUGUUGUUGAUGAUUUGUGUCAGUGGCUGGAUAAGAGGAAGGAGCAUAAUGUGCGGUUAGUACGGCCACAAUUGCAAGAUCAUGAUUUGACCUUUCCUCGUGUGUGUCGAUGGGAUAAUACAAAAUCUAAGCGGGGUACUUCAUGGUUUAAAGACUUGGAUGAUGACCAGGUGAUUUGGAAACUCGAACCUACUUCUGGAGAGUUACAGAUAGAGGUAAUCAAAGAAGCACUUGAUUUGCUAGGUGACAACAAAGAGCUUCAAAGUGUAGAAAGCAGUUCAAUUAGCACACCAUCUAGUGAGCCUGCAGUUUCUGCUUGAACUGCAGGUGAUCCUGCUCCUAAAAGUUUAUAGGAGGAGUUGCUCCAUUCUAAGGUUAGUGCAUGCCACCAGCCACAGCAAACUUGAGAGUCAAGACAAUCUUAUCCUUUGAGCCAAACCUUAUUUGACACGAUUUUAAUGUUGGACUGUUGGUAUUCAAUCCAAGUCAUCAAUUCAAAUGGUUACAGCUUAGUAUCGAGAAAGAAGUACAUAGAGUGGACGAGGAUGAUUUGGAGAAUCAGGUAGUGGAGGACACCCCCACAAAGUUGAGCACUUGUGAUGAAGAAUAUAGAGAGCAAAUCAAUCCCGAAAACCUGAUGGUGUUGGACACUCCCCCGGAUUUAACCAUUUGUGACAAAGUAGGUAGAGAGCAAGAAAUGAAUCUUGAAAACCUGGCAGUGGUAGUUGAGGAUACCCCUACAACUACCAGUAUUGCUGACAAAGUAGGCGGAGAUCAAGAGGUCAACAGUGAAAAACUCAUAGUGGAGGAUACUCCCCUGAAUUACAUUUGUGACAAAGUAUGUCGAGAGCAAGAAAUGAAUCUUGAAAACCUGGAAGUGCUAGUUGAUGAUGCCCCCACAACUAUCAGUAUUGCUAAUGAAGGAGGCGGAGAUCAGGAGUUCAAUGGUGAAAAACUCAUAGUGGAGGAUACUCCCCCUGAGUUGAGCUUUUAUGAUGAUGAUAUAACAAAGAAGAAUGUCAUGUUAGAAGUGGAAAACACUGAAUUGAAGAUGAAAAUAGACCAAGUAAUGGAGGAAAAUGAACUUCUCUAUACACAGAUUUUAUCAAAUACCCGAUUUGAAGAGCAGAACAAUGAGUUAAAGAAAGAGCUGGACUUGUUGAGAGAAGAAAACAGAAUUUUAAGACUGUCAAUAAGUAGUUUUGCAGACCGGAUUGAUAGACAUAUUUUGGAUUUCGAAUCUAAUGCAACUAAGUAAACAUGCUAUCCUUGAAUUUCACCCCAUAACUUAACUAGCUGCUUAUAAAGCUAGAGCUGUGAUACCCAAACAAACCCUAAAUUUCAGACCUUGAUGCAGUCGCAACCCUGAUCAAUCCCAGUUCUUCCGCAAAGUAUGGAAUUUUGGGUAACCAAGUGUGUAUAUAUAUUGUUAAGGUAAACAGACAUCAUUCAUUCUAAUUUAGGAGUGGUUAGUAUUAGGAGGUUUCUUUUUAAGUGAAACCAUGAAAUUCAUGCGAGGCAAACAGAACUAUUUGUUUUCUUUGUUGUAUAUUAUGUAGCAGAUGUAGCAGAUAGCACAUGUACUUCUCCAAACACAAGUUGUUGGAGUUCAAAUGGCAUAUAGUUAUCCUUUACUUUUCAUGAGCAUUAUGAGGCCUAACAACGAGUCACUGUAAACUUUCUUUA